ACCAACCGGAGCGACAUAGACAACAUGGCGGCGUCCUGCAAAGCAGACCAAUCGCCAGAACUGUCGACGCCGUUGAAGAUACCGAAGACAGAGGCGCCUUCCCCCGAGUCGGAGGAUUUGAGUGACAGUAACCAAUACCACUCCGACCCCUCCACACCCAACCGCUUCUCGCCUUUGAACGUGGGCUGCGGGGCUGCCGGUCGGACAGCGGCCUCCUCCUCCUCCAACAGCUACACGGCUUGCCGGGGGAUGUCGUGGACGCCGUCCGAAACGAACGCGCUCAUCGCGGUUUGGGGCAACGAGCGGCUGACGGAGGCCAAGAUGCAGCAGUUGGAGGUCGCGGGCACCAUGUUCACCGGCAAGGCGCCCGGCCCUGCCAUGUACGAGCGGGUGUCCAGAGCUUUGUCGGAGCUGGGCUACGAGAGGACGCCGUCUCAGUGCCGGGAGAGGAUGAAGACACUGAGGCGCUGCUACAGCCGCGUGAAAGAGCAUGGCAUCGGCAAGAGGAAGAGCAGCUACACUAUAGAGCAGCUAGAGAAGGUAUUUGGUCAGGGAGGCUGGGACCCCCAGACUUGUGCCCCAGUCCUGAUCAACAGUAGUGGACUCUACCAGGACAUGGAGUCUGAUAGCAGCACCGUAGAAGAUUACUCCCAAGAGGAUUGGUGUAACCAAGUGCUGGACUCUGCAUUCCAGGAGGUAGACAUGAACAGUGAAAAAAUACAGGUGCCAAAAAACAAAGCUCUUCGGAUUCAAGCUGAGCUGUCAGCACGAACCCAAAAAAUGGAAUUUAUGCAGACGUUGAUUCGUAUCCUAGAUUCAGUGCACCUGAAAUGGGAGCACUUUCAGUCUUGGACUGAGUUUUCUCGGCUGCACCUCUCUAACAAGCUGGCCAUUUUUGGCAUUGGCUAUAACACUCGCUGGCGAGAGGACGUCCGUUAUCAUAAUGCGGAGAUAAGCUCACAGGUGCCGCUGGGAAAGAGGCUUCGAGAAUACUUCAACCCUGAGAAGCCUGAGGGCAAAAUUAUUAUGAACAAAGUUCAAAAGAUGAACUGGAAAAAUGUCUACUACAAGUACUUGGACAUUACCAUCAGCGAGGCACGUUGCCUAGAGCUGCAUAUGGAAGUAGACUGGAUCCCCGUGGCUCUGUCCAGGGAAGCAGUGUGUAGCAUGCGGACAUACCACUACCUCCUACCUGGGGACAUCCCUAAGGCAUAUGGACUAUACGCUAUUGGUUUUGAGGAGGCAUCAUCUGACCAGGAUGAUAUUAAAAACUGUAGCUUACCUCAGUGUGACUCUGAGAAUUGGGCAGAAGGAGCAGGGGAUUGUGAGAGCACUAGAACCAAAGUCACUUACUGCUACCUUGGCAUAGCUGAAGAUAGGAACAUACAACAGUGUGUCCUCCAACAUUUUCAGGGUUCGAGCAAGCACUACGUCCAAGGUGAGCCCUCCUCUGUGACUUGCUUCCUUCAAGAGAACCGCCAAGACGGCGUCACAGAUGACUCAAUGAAAGACGAAGACCCCAUUCGUUGUUUGGCCAUUUACAUAAAAUUCAUAGAAGUGGAUUUGGACUUCUUAUCUGCAGGGUCGCUGGUGGAGUGCCUAGAAACUGCUAUUGGUUAUUCUUUAAAAUACAACAACAAGGAAGCAUUUUAACUGUCUCACAGGUUGUGAAACACUUACUUUGUGCCCAAAGGUUUUGGCAAUGACUCAAAUUUGGUGUUUCAGUAACAUUGCCACUUUAGCUGUUAAACCAUAGGCACAUAUGACACACAGAAAUGGACCGCACUUCAUAGUGCAACUUUCUUCUUUGUUUGGAGGCUGGUUUCACCUUAGGAAUUCAUAGUACUAUGUGCCUAAGUUCAUAGUAUUAGCCACAAAGUCAGCAAAUUAUUCUUAUAAAAUGAUGUUAUAAUUGCCAAAUACAAUCAAAAGUAUUUUUUCAGUUUUACCAAAAACGGUAAUAGCACAAGAUCUGGUUUGGACUGUAAACCGGUCGGUACAAUUCCAUUAAACGCAAGACUGAGAUAUCUCCAUUCGCCCUCGCCAAAUCUAAUAUGGCGCGGACAUCAACGUACUGUAUGUAUGUUGAUGGCUUCAACCCCUGCUGUUUAUUUUCAUGACUAAGUGGGUGGUUUUAUGCCGACCCCUAAUUGCGUGUACGUCAUUGGAAAGUUUAGUUAGUUGAGAUAUAAAUCAUUUGAAGUUUCAAUCGUAAGUGCAGGUUUUGUGAGCACUAAUGUUAGACCGGUUGCAAACAUUAACAUGAUUGUUACUCAAAGUACAGUCGUCCCUCAUUUAUCGCGGUUAAUUGGUACCAGAUAUGACAGUGGAAAACAAAUUUCAGCGAAGUAGAAUUAUUAUUAAUAAAUCAAAUAUUUGAUACUUGGAGCAUAACAAAACUGUUUGCGACCUUCUAAAUAUGUGUUUUUAACAUAAUUACAGCCCUCUAAACAUUAAAUAACACCUUUACUAUAAUUUAACCCAAUAUAGUUUGUACUGAAUUUGUACAGUACUUAACUAUAGCCCAGAGGAUCCUUCAAGCGUCAUUGCUAUGGUUGUCACCCGGCCACGACUUGGAAAUACUUCUUCACAUCCUGGGUAAUACUUCUAAGUUAGAACUGCACCUCCAUGUGCUGAAACCAUGGGCCUAAAUUCUUCUGCAAAAACUUUGCCCACUUGACAGAUGGAGCUACGAUCUUUAGCUGUGAUUUUAGCAAUUCGUGUCUGCUUUCAAGCCCAAGCUCUGUUAUUGAUGUCGAAGAUGAAGUGCAUCAAGAGUUCAUCACUACUUUGGUCGAACAUCUGCUGAUCUCACAUUGUGGUCUUGUUAGCUCAAAGUGCUGCGCCGGCUCUGAUGCUAUGUCCAGCUGUUGUCGUUUGACCAAUAUGGAGAUGUAAUUGGUGAGUCAGGAGUUGGGGGGGCGGAGGGGAAAGUCCAUCAAAAAGUUGUUCCGUCAAAAGUUUGUCAACUUUAGAUUGUUGCGGUGAAGAUACAGUAGCGCCAACAUGAGCAGCCGUGUUGUCGUUAGCAUUGUCACCCUUAACUCGGAAACGGAAGUCCCGCUUGGUGAAUAGCUUAAUCAAUCCGCCACAACAUAUUUAGGCCAAAAAAACAUGUGGAAUAUGUUUUAAAAAAUGAAGCGAAAUGUAGUGUCCCAACUGUAAUCCAAAAGCAAAUCAACGUCCGAAAGGACAAGGUUCAGUUACAUUGACUGUUCCUGUGAAUGUAAACAUAUAAUCCACAUUCAUAAACACAGAUUGACCCCUGCUGCACAUUUCCAUCAUUCUUGUCAGAAGCGCACGUUUUCCACAUAUAAAGAAUUCAAAGAUUCUUUAUUGUUCAUUUUGUCUAUACAUGCAAGACAUACGGAAGACUCGAGCUACGUUUCUCUCUCACCCUGUACUCUGGAGCUAAUUUCCAAGCUCAGGGAGAGUAGCCAUCCAGUCCACACGCACCGCCAAACAGUUUGUCAUUUCCAAGACCAGAAAAGGAAAAAUUACAUUUUAAAGAGACAUCAUAUUGUCUUCAUAAAACAAACAUACACACAAUUCAAGUCCAGAUAGGGAACAAUAUGGUGUUUACUGACUUUGUACUUCAAUGAAGUCCCCAAGAAUGACAACAGUCCUUAGUGAUCUGUGACCUUAUUGAUUGCAAAUUCAGUUAUCUUGGAUGCAUUAGCCACAUCAUGCUACCUAUAAAACUCUGAACUUUGACCCAAUAGACAACUGUUGACCCCCUCUGCCAUUAACUCCUUUGUAGUACCAGUCCCUAUGCUAACAUACGUAGCUCGAGGCAAUUACAUCUAAUCCUAAUGAUGAUUUAUAAAGUGAAGGACCAAUAUGUAUGUCACAUUUGAAAGCGGUUGCACAAUACAGAAGAUAUGUGAUGUAAAUUAGAUACAUUUGGCUUUCAUUAGAUUUGAAUAUUAUCAUCAUAUCGUGAUAAUGCAUGUUGUUGACACAAUUUAGCUAUGUCCCGCAGGUUUGACUGCGACAAGCGAACAAAGGCAUCCUCAACACAUGGUGCCCUUGCUAGCGAGCACAGUACAAAAUUGUUUCUAAAUCUCUAAUACUCUCAUUCAUGGUGGCAAAUAACCUUUGUUUCUUCCAAGUGUCUCUCUGAAGGACAAGGAAUAGCUGAGCAUGCCACACUACACACCAUAGUAGGUCACAGAAAAGCACGGUAAUAUUGACAGUAACAAUACCAAGUUUAGUAUUAGUAUUGGUUUGACCAAUACCGCCUCUGUAACUACUUGAAACUGGAUACGGUAUAUACCCACAUUUGUAGUACUACCCAAAACUAAUAAGUAUCCCAACAACAGCACAUAAAGUGUUUGUUACAUUUUAACAGAAGUGUUGAUAGAACAAUGUUACAACAGAAAGUAGUUGACAGUAAAUUAGCAAUUAGAUUAAUAAUAGUUUAAAAAACAACAACCGGAAAAUACACAAGAUAUUAUCGCAUUUGUCAGCGUUUAGGAGCCUUUAUAACCCCUUUUUGAAAUGAUUCUAUUACUAUUGCUGUAUUAUAUAUUGUGAUUUAUAUCGUUAUUGCAGAGGCUGCAAUAUAUUUCAUGAUAUGGAUUUUGAAGUUACAUCGCCCAUCCUUAAUCCCAUUUUGAUUUCCAGUCCCUGUCACACAAAUCACGACAUUAGAAGGCUUGAACAUGUUUCAGUUUUAUACGAAAAAACAACAUACAACAUUUUCUAAGUUGAUUGUAAAAUACUUAAUUGUGCAAUAUUUACCCUCCUGAUCUUCUGUAGUUGAUUCAUAAUUUUGGGGAAUUGAAGAAGCACUAAAUUUGAGUCCAUCGCCAAACUUUUUUCGUAAUGAGUCCUGCUUCCGCUCACAUUAAAAUUGAUUUGUUAUUACUGUCGCUCUUAACACACAAUCUAUAAUGAUGCACAAUAUAGCUACAUUUGUUGUCGAUGAAAACAGAAAUUGUUAAGUUAUUUAAUGUGUAACGAAUGUCAAUCAAAUGUGCACUACUUCAAUGUCUGCUGCUUGUGGUGUGAAUGUGUGUGUUUGGGUGGUGACUUCAGACUAUGUGUCUACCUCAGUGAGCAAGGCAACAAAGGGACCAUAACAGAUAUCAACAAUAUUUUAGGACUGCCUCUAACUUGACUGAUGGACCGUCAUGAAAAGUGCAUAGGAGUUGUUGCUUUCUGGGGUUUAAUUCAAUGUACAUGUAUACUGUAAGUCAUUUUCAAUUAGACACACUUGCACAAACGUUUUGUUAAAUUGAUUUUAAUUUUUUUGAUAAUUUAGAAUUUCUUUACCUCUGAGGAACUGUUGAUUACUCUGAUUUUUAAGCCUACUUUCUUGUCAAUCAAUCAAAGUUUACUUAUAUAGCCCUAAAUCACGCUUGUCUCAAAGGGCUGCACAAGCCACAACGACAUCCUCGUCUCAGAUCCCACAUCAGGGCAAGAAAAAAGUCAACCCAGUGGGAUGACAAUGAGAAACCUUAUGGUCUGAACCUCUGCUCUGAUGGCCUCUUGCUGCAUGGAGAUAGGAGUUCAGAACAUUCAGAAGUAUUCUCCAAUCCCAUUAUAACAAUGAUGUUUAAGAAACAACAUGAAAUCAAUUCAUUGUUGGAUUUUCCUAUAGUUGAUCAUGGAAAGCAGUGGUUGCCAACCUUUCUUAAGACCACGGACCACAUAAUGGACGGUAAUCUAUUUCUAUUUAUGUAUUUAUUAUGUUUAGUCGACAUUACCAUUGAGGACAGUUCUGCAUAGUUUAAUUUUAAACCAAAAUGAGCAAACCCAACAAAGAAUGUCAAUUUAAGUUUAAUUUUCAACAGUGAUCCCAAGAGCUCAACUUUGACCCUGGAGUAAAAUAAAUGUAUUUUUCAAAUGACCGUCCUUUUCUUUUCAAAAUUCAUAUGCAUAUAUGUAAAAAUGCAACAUGUGUCUAGUUUGUUUAAUCAUUGUUAUAUACAAUAUACCUGAUGUAUAUAUACUGUGUGCGUGUCUGUAUAUAUGUAUAGUAUACACAAUAUAUGAACACACAGUAUGUCGCAUUAAAUAAAGAAAUUAAACAAUAUGAAGCAUUCCAGAUUUUGAAAAGGUGCAAUGUUUGUCUGUUUUGCCAUACAGUACAGUACAUUAAAUGUCUGCGGUGUUCAAUUCCAUUGGUUCACGCCUUGUUUUAUUUUGUAAUCGUCACAAAUUUGAUAAAAAAUAAUAAACAGAGACCUGACUUUGUCUCGCGUUUUUAGCCAACGAUAUCUACGCUGUGCUGUUCAUAUGAUGAUAGAUGUCACAGGAGUUAGUGAGGAAUAGUGUCUUUGUUAGGGAACCUACAACCAUCAUGGUGAACAUUUGGGGUCGUAGGUUACUCGAAUGACCAGCGGGCGGCAGUAGAGAGCCAUAAAAAUAUGUACAGUAACUGCCUGAAAUGUCCCAAUUAUUGACACAGGCAGACACACAUUUCACGUGUAUCAUUCUUACAU